CAAACGUUGUGGUGGCACGACAGGUGUAGGGACCCUGGGGACUCAGAAUCGAGUGCCACUCUCCUCUAGAUUAUCUCAACUCCUUUUGCCAUCAAUUACUGAUUGAAGCCAAACAAUCAAACCGGGAUUGCUGUCUACUGCUUUACAGUACUCCCUCACUGCAUUACCAAUGCGAGGAUACUGUCUGUGUACACAGUCAGCGAGUAAACGGACAGGAGGCGAGCAUGUAAAAUAGUCACUGCCAAAAUGGACAAAGGGAACUACAUCAUUGCUUCGCUUCUUUUUCAACUGAUGGACUUAAUAUGCGGACAAUUAUUUCCAGGCAGUUGUUCGUUUGAAGAGCACUACAGCAGCUGUGGCUACAGUGUGGCCCUGGGGACCAAUGGCUUCGCCUGGGAGCAAGUCAACACUUGGGAGAGGCCCACUAUGGACGCGGCUGUUCCCACAGGUUCUUUCAUGGUGGUGAAUGGCUCGGGCCGGGCGUCGGGGCAGAAGGCCCACCUGCUCCUGCCCACCCUGAAGGAGAACGACACCCACUGCAUCGACUUCCACUACUCUCUAUCCAGCCGCGAUGGCUCCAGUCCCGGGGUGCUCAACGUCUACAUCAAGGUGAACGGCGGCACCCAAGGAAACCCUGUGUGGAAUGCCUCCGCCUCGGUGACCGAGGGCUGGGUCAAGGCCGAGCUGGCAAUCAGCACCUUCUGGCCCAACUCCUAUCAGGUGAUAUUCGAGGCCAUAUCCGUACAGGGCCAUCCAGGGUUCAUCGCGGUGGACGAAGUCCGAGUAUUGGCCCACCCGUGCCGGAAAGCACCUCACUUCCUGCGGCUGCAGAAUGUGGAGGUGAACGUGGGCCAGAACGCCACCUUCCAGUGUACUGCUGGGGGGAAGUGGUCCCAACACGACCAACUGUGGCUACAGCAGUGGAACGGUAAAGAUACAGCCCUCAUGGUGACACGGGUGGUGAACCACCGACGUUUCUCAGCCACCGUCAGUGUCGGGGACACAUCCCAGAGGAGCACCAGCCGCUACCGCUGCGUCAUCCGCUCCGAUGGCGGCUCCGGGGUUUCCAACUACGCUGAGCUCAUCGUCAAAGGUAUGGCUGACAAACUAACGGCUUACCUGCUAGUGGCUAAAAGCUAG